AUGACGAAGCUAAAUGUGCAGAUCGCGGUACUCUUAGCCAGAUUUAUUGGCAAUGGUAUCGAGCUACCGGCAGAUGAGGGCUGUCUCUCCAUUCGAGAUGUGGCGAAGAGCGCAGGCAGUGCAGAUCUAGUGGCCUUCCAACAAGAGGCAUUUUUCGAAGAUGCACCACGGCUGUCGUUCGAGCACAUCAGGCACGAGUCAGCCAGCCGCAUCGACGCCCGUCUGUUAUUCGUUCGUAUUGGCGGGUUCCGAGCAGGAGGACAUGGCGCUCGAUCUAUCGAGUUUGCCGAUUCAGCUCGUCUCCCGGUGGAUGGCAUUUUCCAGCCUCGCUGUGGAGGGGAACUGGAGGCCGCCUGGGGGAUCGUCGAGUCCAAGUCUGAGAGGCGCUUCCCCAUCAUCGGCCCCACGGCCUAA